GGGCUAUUGACCGCCGUAUUACCGGCGACAGAACUACUAAGGUUCCUCGUCUGCACGAAAUAAUUGAGUGUCCCUGAGCUUGGGUUUGCCCCGCGCCCGGGGCAGCGCAGAGCUAAACCCACUUGGUAGGCCCGCCGCAGCAGGUAACAGCUGUGACGUUGCUGGAGUGCCCGCGAGCUUCACUCCCAAGGUUUCACCACCAUCAGUCAAACUCGACUUCUGGCACAUAUAUAAAAUCGCCUUCGCAAGGAAACCCGUCACCUUACAGGUUUCACCUUUCAACGCCGUCCCGACCGACAAGCAAGCCUCUCACCUCUUCGUCACACGCACACGCGACCUCGCCGGCUGUCUCACAAGCUCCGUGCCCCACGAUACCUACACCCAUCGCCCUACUACAGCCCCGCAGCGUCACCACGUCUCACUCCCGCACCAUCAGUACCUACCUACGUCUGCAACACCUCACUCACACCUUGCCACCGCCACGAUGCCGUCAGACCUAGAGCAGCUGCUCGAAAUGGGCUUCGACAAGGCCCGCGCCGAACUCGCCGUCAAGAAGAGCGGAGGCCUGCAAGGCGCACUGCAGUUCCUCGAGGACACCCAGGACAAGCCUUUGGAUGAGCUCCAGGCUGCUCAAGCCGCCGCUGACGAGGACGAGGACGAGACCAAAGCCGAGAUCGCCGAGCUGGAAACGGGUCAGGCACGCUCACUUGUCUGCAACGAGUGCGGCAAGCGCUUCCGCAACAAGGACCUGGCCAGCUACCAUGCCUCCAAGACUGAGCACACGGACUUUUCAGAGUCUACAGACGAGAUUGCUCCCCUGACAGAGGAGGAGAAGAAGAACAGGCUUGAGGAGCUCCGCCAGCGCUUGCAAGCCAAGAGGGCAGUGCAGUCUCAACAGGACAAGGAGGAAAACAAGCGCAAUGAGAAAAUCCGGCAAAAGGCUACGAGAGAGAGCCAGGAUGCCAAGGAGGAGCUGCAGCGCAAGGAGCAGAUCAAGGAAGCCGCCCGCAAGCGACAGGAGAAGCUGGAGGACCUCGAGGCCAAGAAGCGCAUCAAGGCCAAGAUCGAGGCCGACAAGGCCGAGCGCCGCCGCAAGGCAGAGGAAGCCAAGGCCACGCGAGAAGGCCGCGCUCCCGAGGCCCCCGGCAGCGCGCCCCCCGCCGCCGCCGCCGCGGGUUCCGGUCUCGCCGCCGCGACGACCACGAAGAGCGACCGCAACGAGGCGCGGCUACGGCUUCAGACGGGUUCCGGCAACAUCACCAAGACGUUGCCCGCCGACACGACCUUGUUUGAGCUGGCGCAGAUGGUGGAGAGCGAAACCGGCAACGCGGUUGCGAGCUUCAUGACGACCUUUCCCAAGAGGACGUUUGAGGGCGACGUGGACAUGUCCAAGACGCUGAAGGAAGCGGGCUUCGUUCCCUCGGCAGUGCUAAUUGUCAAGUAAAGCCGAGUAACACUUUGAUACGAGCGUUUCGCAUCUAGACUAGCUUAUUAGUUGGGGAGUUGGUGGCGGCAAUGGCAGUCAGAUGCACGACUUUGGAGCCAUAUCUGAGUCUUGGCCUCAUCACAAUGGCCCUUUCACUGUAUCAAAAUCGACGCAGAUGCGAGCCUAAUGGGUGAAGGUAAGGCAGUUAUGACACAACCGAAAACUACCGGGCCCUCUUCCUGGGCAUCAUAUCACGGAGAACGAAUACGACUUCAAGGUCUCUUCGCUCGAAGCCGAUCGGUUGACUCAAGUGUGCAAAAAGUCCUUCCAGGUAUGAUGCCGGAGACCCGUCUCAUUCCAUGGGAGAGACCGGCAUUGAUCGAGCAUCCUCGGCUGCAGCAGGGUGGCGCAUGUCCCUUCAAUUUUCGAAGUAUACGUGGGGAGCUCCCCCCAAGGC